AUGCUCCUCACGAAACCCCACCUCUCCAAGUCGCUCCUCCCAGUCCCAUCCCCGCCGCUCUCGAGCCCCACUCUCAGUUCCAACCAUGCCAGGCCCCUUGCCGCCCCCACUUGCCGUCGCAGCCGCCUCCGCAUCUCCGCCACAUCCACGGCUACGCCGGCUCCUUCGGCGGCGGCGGCGGCGGCCGCCGCUGCCACCGCGGCGCUGAGCCGAGUGGACGUGCUCUCGGAGGCGCUCCCUUUCAUCCAGCGAUUCAAAGGCAAGACGGUGGUGGUCAAGUAUGGCGGUGCGGCGAUGAAGUCCCCGGAGCUGCAGGCGUCCGUGAUCCGCGACCUCGUGCUCCUCUCCUGCGUCGGCCUCCGCCCCGUGCUCGUCCACGGCGGGGGGCCGGAGAUUAACUCCUGGCUGCUGCGCGUCGGCGUCGAGCCGCAGUUCCGCGACGGCCUCCGCGUCACGGACGCGCUCACCAUGGAGGUCGUCGAGAUGGUGCUCGUCGGGAAGGUCAACAAGAACCUCGUCUCCCUCAUCAACAUCGCUGGAGGCACCGCCGUUGGCCUCUGCGGCAAGGACGCGCGCCUCAUCACCGCGCGCCCGUCCCCAAACGCAGCGGCGCUGGGAUUCGUCGGCGAGGUCUCGCGCGUGGACGCCACCGUCCUCCAUCCCAUCAUCGCCGCGGGCCAUAUCCCGGUUAUCGCCACCGUGGCCGCCGACGAGACUGGGCAGGCCUACAACAUCAAUGCCGAUACGGCGGCUGGCGAGAUUGCCGCUGCCGUGGGCGCCGAGAAGCUGCUGCUGCUCACGGAUGUGUCUGGGAUUCUGGCGGACCGUAAUGACCCUGGGAGCCUGGUGAAGGAGAUUGACAUUGCUGGGGUGCGGCAGAUGGUGGCCGACGGGAAGGUAGCUGGUGGGAUGAUACCCAAGGUUGAGUGCUGUGUUCGCGCCCUUGCACAAGGUGUACACACCGCAAGUAUCAUUGAUGGGCGUGUUCCACACUCCCUUCUGCUUGAGAUUCUCACAGACGAGGGCACAGGCACCAUGAUCACUGGCUGA